UGAAAAAUUAUUGAUGUCCAUUUUUUUACUGUUAGAUUACAGAUCAGACCACAGCUUGAGCGUAAACUUGGGUAAGAUGCCUCACACAGCUUUAAUGUCAUAAAUUUAAUGUCAUAAUUUAUAUUAUAUUAGCAUAAUUGUACUAUUUUUGUCCUUUCUUCUCAUAUAUGUAAUUUUACAAGGUUCUUGGGCUUUUGUGAUAUAAUUCAAAAGCCACAUAAUAAUCUAAUGAAUAUAAUGUAAUGUUGAAAUUAAUAUGCAUUGUUACAGUUGCUCAAUCAGUCAAAUUAUGUUUUGGAAAAAGAAGAAUGACAUCCCUGUGGUCAACCUUGGUGAUGUGAGGGAAGAGUCCAUGCAAAAUAUGCUCCAACAUUUGAAUCAGCUGAGUGAUAUCAGGUAAGGUUAGUUUGGUUGUUCUCUUUAAACUUCUGUUAAUAUUUUUAUUUUACUGGUAUACAGUAAAUAGAUGUUGAAUCUGUGUCCCCUCUGUCAGGAUGGACCAGCACCUCAGACUGACGUUCCUGUUCCAAGAGGCUGCUCAGUGCUUCAUUGGCCGGUUUAGCCAGCGCCGACCCAGGAUGGAGCAGUUUCUGACCAAGCUGGAGGAGAGUGCUGUGCAGCUGGACAGGAUGAAGCUGGGGGCUAAGAUCUCCAGUGUGGCAGGCAGCUCAGUGGGGGUGGCUGGAGGGAUCCUAUCCAUCGUGGGCUUAGCUCUGACUCCUGUCACUGCUGGGGUGUCACUGGCUCUCACCAUUGCAGGGGUCAGCCUGGGGGUCAUCAGUGGGGUCAACAGUUUAACCACUGGCAUCACAGAGAUGAAGGUCAAUAGCAUCCAUGAGAAGAAAGCUAGUAAAGUCUUCCAGAGUUUCAUGGAGGACGUGGAGAGUCUCCAGGAGUGUCUGGAGGAUGUGGCCAGGAAUAUGGAGCCCAUCCUGGGGCAGAGCAGGGUGGACAUGGUUGGAGCAGGGAAGGUGAUUGCCACCACUGGGGACAUCGGAAAAGGCAUUGACUUCCUAGUUGACCUUUCCUCGGGUUUGAAGCCGGUGAAACGAAGAUCUGAUCACAAGCGCUGGUAAGUUGGCGUUGCAGGAAAGCAAAGCAGCCAGCACAAAACCUGCCCAAGCUAGCAGGGGACAUCCCGGACAUUGGACAGGUGGCCCCACUAGCCCUCUCCAAGUCAGCGCGGGCUGGUCUCAUCAGCAUCAACGCCCUCUUCAUUGGCCUGGAUGUCUUCUUCAUCUGUAAAGACAGCGUCAGCCUGGCCAAAGGCAGCAAGAGUGAGAGGUCUCAGCUCAUCCGUGCCAGAUCAGCAUUGUGGCGCACAGAGCUGGACACCUGGCAGAGGUUCCAUGACUCGCUGUGUAGAGGUCAAUUAAUGUUAGAGAAAAGCCAGAUCGUCCUGGAACAGCCAUUUUACCCUCUGGAGGAGAAGCGGAGAGGGAAAAACUCC